CAGUCCGCAUUCAAGAGCCGUCGCGGCUAUUUUGAUCCGUUCAUAAGACCAGUGUCGAGUUUAAAAGUGUUGUGAAUUUUAAAACAGCCAAGACAAUGGAGUCACUACUUGUUGACGUUGUCCACUUCUACCCACGAGAAAAUGCUCAACCUCAUAAUACUAUCAGAUACGAGGUCGUAAACGAUGAGGUCCCGACAACUACGAUCGUCCGUCGCGGCCAGCCUUUUAACGGGGUCAUCCGGUUCACCAGACCCUACGACGAGUCGAAUGACCUAGUGCAACUAGUCUUCUCGCUUGGUGACAACCCCACAAUGGAGACUCAAGGGUCGGUAUUCCUGCGCCGUGAUGCGGUGGCCGACAAACAUUCAUGGACCGCUAAAAUAAUAGACGUACAAGAAAACACACUAUCCUUUGAGGUAUCAACCCCUGUGACGCUUCCUGUGGGCACUUGGUCUCUCCGUGUAGUCACCAGACAGAAGAACUCAUCAGCCCGCGAGAUCUACGACUUUGACCAGGAUAUUUACAUUCUUUUUAACCCAUGGAAUCCUGAUGACCAAACCUACAUGGAAGACUGCACUCUACUCCAGGAGUAUGUGCUAAACGACGUUGGUAAGGUCUGGGUGGGUCCCAUCAAGACGACCAGGGGAAAGCCGUGGUUCUAUGGACAGUUUGACGCUGUCGUCUUACCCGCCUGUAUGUUUAUGCUGGAUAAAGCCGAAUUUCCUUUCAACCAACGCGGUGAUCCAGUCAAGGUAGCUCGUGUUAUUUCAAAGAUUGUGAACUCGAAUGACGAUGAGGGCGUGUUGGCUGGUCGCUGGGAUGGGCAGUACGACGAUGGAACAGCACCGUCCGAAUGGACCGGAUCCGUGGAGAUCCUGGCACAAUUCCUGGAGACCCAGCAGACGGUGCCCUAUGGACAGUGCUGGGUGUUCGCUGGCGUCGUCACCGCUGUGUGCAGAGCCUUGGGGAUCCCAUCCCGUGUGGUGUCCAACCUGGUGUCGGCCCACGACGCUAACAGCACUCUGACGGUCGACAAAUACUACAGCGAGAACAUGGAAGAGAUGGAAUCCGUUGACUCCAUCUGGAACUAUCACGUGUGGAACGAUGUUUGGAUGGCGCGACCAGACCUCCCCACCGGUUAUGGCGGAUGGCAGGCCAUUGACGCGACUCCCCAGGAGACGUCACAAGGCCAGUACCAAUGCGGCCCAGCACCUUUGGAAGCCAUCAAGCAAGGGGUCAUCGGUUUAUCGUAUGACGUCGACUUCAUGCUGGCUUCUGUCAAUGCUGAUCUCAUGCGCUGGAGGAAGGACCCCGAGGCUGAGACUGGAUUCUCCAUGGUGGACACUAAUAAUUAUCACAUUGGCCGUAUGGUGCUGACGAAGAAGCCGUUCGUGUUUGACCCGAUCGGCGACGAAGAUCGCGAAGACAUCACCAGCCAGUACAAAUACAAAGAAGGCACGGCUUCAGAGAGGCUGGCCCUGAUGAACGGAGUCAGAUAUUCGGAGAGAGCGAAGAGGUACUACUCAGUGGUGAGCAACUUACAGACGGACGUGACCUUCAUACUAAGAGACAUAGAUUUGGUUUCCAUCGGCAAAGACUUCAAGGUCACAAUCGACAUCAAGAAUGUUUCGGAUCAGGGACGUAACAUAAAGGCAUCAUUGAGCGCAUCGAGUUUCUACUACAACGGAGUUAAAUUUGACAUCAUCAAAAAAAUCGAAGGAAAACUCUACGUUGGGCCACAGAAAAACGAAGAAGUCAGCCUCGUGGUGAAAGUAGAGGACUAUUUGCCGAAGCUGGUCGAGUACGGGAACAUCAAGAUAUCUGCGAUGGCCAUUGUCGAUGAAACGAAGCAGUCCUGGGCUGACGACGACGACUUCCAGAUCCUCAAACCGAACAUUAACAUUAAGUUCAAAGACGACCUGAUCAUCGGGCAGCCGGCAACAGUGGAACUGUCGCUUUUGAACCCUCUGAACAGUACGCUGAGUGGGUGCGAGUUCCGCGUGACGUCAUCGGGAAUCGCGGGUCGUGCCCUGCGCGUUCCCGCCGCGGACGUCGCUCCUGAAGGACUACUCACCGUUGAACUACCUAUUCAACCUAACAAACUGGGUAAUAUCAGUUUCGUGGCCACAUUCAAGUCGAACGAGCUGAAGGACAUCAACGGAGCCGCCACCACGGAAGUGCUCGAAGGGUAAACUGACAACGAAUUCAUACAUCGACUUCUCAAUCACUUACGCAUUCUUACAGCGGACGGACUAUAAUAAGAAUUUAGGUAAUAAGUACAGCGGCCAUAUUUUACCUUAAAGAUAAAUUAAAAGGUAAAUUUUCGUGUUAAGCUAAGUCAUCGUAUUUUAAAUAUAUAGUCACAUAAUUUACGUAUCUCAGAACAAAAUAGUUUUAGUGUAAAUACAGUUACAACCUCAAGAUACGUGACUGUUUAUCAAAAAAUUGUUACAUAAAAACAAAACGCAGCAUUUAGAAUUGACGAAUUUUGACUCCUAAAAUUGUUAUUCAUCUUAUCUUCUGUAAUUCUUCUAAAAAGUUUUAAAACUUACCUCGAAUUAAUAUGCUAAAGGAAAGCUCUAAAUCAUUUUAAGAUCACAUAAACAAAAAAACAAAACGCAAGUUUUUUAAUUGCUUUGAUGUCUGCCAAAACUUGGAUUGAUAUUUUAAGUGUCAUUCUGUUAAAAUUUUUGAACGAGGAUUAAGGCGAAAGUUAAAGGAGUUUUCAAUUUAAAAAAAAAAA